AGCUGUGACAUAAGUGAGUGUAAGACACACCUAUAGAGGUCAGAGGGCAGCUUUUGGGAGUCUGAACUCUCUUUUCACUCUGUGUUCCAGGAUGGAACCCAGGCCAUUGGGCUUCCAUGGCAGAACCCUCACCCACAGAGCUAUUUCACUGGCCCAUGGCUCUGCUUUCUCUUCCUACUUGACCUGGCCUGGCCCACCAAUAGGUGACCCUAGUCCCCUUACCAUCCCACCCCCUCCUCUCUAGCAGCCCUGGCAACUUGACUCUCAUUGGCUACGCGUUUCCUUGGAGACAGAUACCAGCCAUCCAAACAGACUGCUGAACUUCAGGAGGAACAAUCUUCCUUCCCUCCCCUGGGCACCCUAACAUGAGGGACCUGUUAAACACCUCGAACAAGGCCUUCUGGGAGGAGCGAAUAAAGAAGGAGGUGGUUGCUCGGACUACCUGGAAUAUCCGAUAUGGACACAAGUACCUGAAAGAUGGGUCCAAGACCAGGAAUCAGUCCCUGCAGGCCCCCCGUGGGUCAGUCUUGAAAGCAGGCCCGGUGCCUCCCACAGGUUCCCCUGUCAGAAAAAAGGCGCAAGCAGAAUGGCCAGAGGCCAGUAGGGUCCAGGGAAGUGGAGUGAGGCAGACCAGACAAGGUGUUCAGUACACAGCAGCCCAGGGCAGGCCAGAGGACUUAGAGAUGAAGCCUCCCAACCCGGCCACCUUGAAGCUGCUGUUCCAAGGCAUCUCCCAUGAGGGCCAGGGCAGGAUCUUGUACCUCAAGGAGCGGCAUCAACUGAUACCAGAGAAGAAGUACAAGUACCCGAUGGUGUCUUCCUGGAACUAUGGCUGGCAUGGGAUGUCAUGAAGAACUACAGGACGCCAACUCAUGCCAGAAUUUAUCCUAUCACAAAGUCAUUUUACAUCAAAAGUAGCAUUUUUCCUAUUCCACGGAGAUCGGAUGACAUCAUGUGAACUUGGCUUGGAAAAGGCCUCAGUGGCUGCUUUUCCCCUAUCACCCAUCUGGACCAGCCAGAUGGGAGAUGUUGUGGCCCAGCCUUACCUCAGUCCAUCCAUGUUCUGCUGAGCCCCGCCUCCUUGGGUGAGAUGGACCUGAAGAAGUGACCUCGGGGUGUACUGUCAUCCCAUGUCGGGGCUCCUGUCGACACACAGAGAACUCCGCUGCUUGCAGAGCUGCCCCACCCUACCAGCCAUCACUAGCAAUGCUGCUCCUUUUCCUGAGGAGAUCCAAUGCUGCAGCGGCAGACCUGGACAGAGGGAGGGGCUGGCUGAGCCUGCGAGGUUCUUAGGAGAGCAACGGCCUCUUACUGUAUAUUUUUCUGCACUAGACCGGUGGUAUCUGUAGCAGAGUUGCUCUGUCCCGAUGUAUCUACCAUUCAGGGAAGAACUUGCUGUCUCCUCUGACUGCUUCCCUCGCCCCUCAGAGCCUGCAUCAGUCAGAGAUACCCUGCUUCACAGGCUGCAACAGGCAGCUCCUGAGUCCCAACUAUUUAAACAAAUAAAGAUACAUUUCUUAUUUUCCUUUCUUUUCUCCACAC